AUGCCAACCCCUGACCAACCUAGCAACUGGACUCCCGAGUCCAUAUCCUCUAUCGUGUACCGAGCCGUCAUGAUCAUUGUGAGCAUUGCCUUCAUCUGGAGGAAGUAUCGUCGACCCGCAAGACCAAUCGAUGAAGAACAACUCAUCGGCGUGAUCCUCCCUGGAUACAACACUUCCAUCCGACGUACACGCUCCACGAACGACCCCUCACAACGAACUCAUCCCACUCAAACGCGGCAUCCCCCUACCAUCCGCGAUGUCAUCUCAGCACACAUCGAAGACAUAAUACAAUCUGUUCUCGGUAUCGACGAUGACAAAACCGACAUCGACAUGCUACAGACUUCCACUGCGUCUCCGAUAACUCUAGCUGCGGGGUCGUCACUUGACGACGUCGGACUCCCUGUUGAUAUUGAGCUUGGAGAUAUGGGGUUGAGACAUCGGUCCGCGGAUAGUAUGGCGGAGAAGAAGAAGGGUUCGCGGCAAGGGUUGUUGACGGAAACGGCCUAA